CCCCAUGUAAGUGUAAAGUCACAUAUGACACUUGCUGAUUGCAUGAGAAAAACAGAACAAAAAUAAAAAAAAUAACUAAAAUAACUAAAACAGCGUAAUUUCCUUAUUUCCGUCAGUCCCCGUACAACAUACGCAACCACCCAUGCUGCCUGGAGCCGAACGAGAACUUGACGUUAGCGAUGAUCAUAGACGCCUUCGAGAUCUAUGGUCACGACCCCACAGACAAAUUGGACAACCUGUGGCUCUACCAGCACGAGAUGCUGAAGGUCAAGACGGCGGAGGACCAAUAUAUGAUAAAUGAGCGUGUUCACGUAGCGACCGAUCACUUGGGACGGUUUGUCAAAUUACACAUACAGGAAUUAAAAGUUCUUCUAAUAACUCUGGACGAUGUUAUCGACAAUAUGCUAACUAUGUACGAAAAUCAUAACUCUAUCGCUGCUGAAAGGAAAGCUACUUACACCGGGGGACCAGUUCCUAUGGAGUUUUAUAUAAGCCAAGAAUUUUAUUGCGGUAAAAACGUUUACAUAUUUUUCUCCGAGCUGUACAGCGACAUCUACAACAUGGGGCGAGGCCUGGCGCCGUACUGCAAAGAUCGUUCCUUCAUAUUCCUAGGAUUCCUCCACUAUCACGACGAACAGAAGUAUUAUCUGAUAGACGAUCCUAGCAUAUCAUUCCCCACGGACAACUACCUGCAUGGACUGGAAUGCCACAUUGGUAUUUGUAUAUUCAGGUUUCCAUUCAAGAAGCUUCUACAAAGGGAGAGAGAUAUUAUCACUCUACCAAAGGCUAUCGUUAAGUGUGGUCUGAUUAUGUACAAACUUCCUCCACUCACUGCAGCAUCGUGCAUCAUUACUUCUGGAUCUUUCAUCUUGGACUUCAACAUACAGGGACUACGUUAUCGGCAUUAUGAUUAUUUAUUGACUACUCCAAACGGUAUUACCUAUUACACCAAGGAACCCCAUACGCCGUUAGUUUGUGACCACCAUGUUUGUGAAUGGAACUACACUAACCAUUAUGGCGGUCCAUUCCUGAUCCCUGGCGACCCUGGCACUGGCAUAGAUCCAGUGCCUCCAUAUAUAGAGCCAACACCAAAACCCGACGAUGAACCGGAAGAAAAUAUCACUGUACCUUAUAUCCUAGAAGGUUGUUUAUUCAUGUACCCGCCUAACUACGGAUCCAUAGCUGGCAAGAGUUACUUGGAUCCCGUGGAACUGCACGACGACAGGUUCACGUGCAGCGCAGCCGGAGGAAGCAAGGGGUUAUACUGGUAUCCACAAUGGAUGGGCGCCAUGCCACACCAUCCGUACUCAUCGAUACUGGAGGACAAAGGCACGUUCGAACCUCCCGGGGCUUUCUACCCACAUCAGAACUACGACAUUGGAGAAGAAGACGAUACCUUAGAUACCUAGCUUAUUACUAUUAAAACUAAUUU